GUGGACACCGGGAGUUAUAAAUGGGAAAGGUGGCCAAGUAGAGAUGUUCUCUGUACCGGUGUAGUCCUGUAGGCCCUUUUCAUUAGUGCCUACAAGCUGCUCUGCUGCACCAGGGCCUCACACCCAGGUCUCUGUCCUAUGGCCAGGGUAGCAUGUGCGGUGUCCUUGAUGCUGCUGCUUGUGCUCUACCCCCGCGGGGUGUCCUCAGCCCCCGCCCAGCACCUGUGUGGCUCCUACCUGGUGGACGCCCUCUACUUUGUGUGUGGGGAACGGGGUUUUUUCUUCAGUCCAAACCGACUCUACAAGCGGGAUCUGGAACAUCUGCUCGGCUUCCUGUCAAAAAGAGCCAAACAAGAGCACCAAUCGCAGAGGGCUCUGACCGGCCGCAUUGAGCCCAAGGUGAAGAGAGGCAUCGUGGAGCAAUGCUGUCAUAAGCCAUGCAGCAUUCACCACCUUGAAGGCUACUGCAACUGACUAGCCACUCCACGAUGAAACAUAUAUAGCUUGAAAAAAAGUCCUGAAGUCAAUUUGUGGCCCAAUACUUGCUGGCAAUGUCUUAUCAAAUGGAGGAAAUAAAGCUU